GCCACCUGCUCAGGACAAUGAAAUUCUUCAGUUACAUUCUGGUUUAUCGCCGAUUUCUCCUCGUGGUUUUCACUGUGUUGGUUUUACUGCCUCUGCCCAUCGUCCUCCGCACCAAGGAAGCAGAAUGUGCCUACACACUCUUUGUGGUCGCCACAUUUUGGCUCACAGAAGCAUUGCCUCUGUCGGUAACAGCUUUGCUGCCUAGUUUAAUGUUACCCAUGUUUGGGAUCAUGCCUUCUAAGAAGGUGGCAUCUGCUUAUUUCAAGGAUUUUCACUUACUGCUAAUUGGAGUUAUCUGUUUAGCAACAUCCAUAGAAAAAUGGAAUUUGCACAAGAGAAUUGCUCUGAAAAUGGUGAUGAUGGUUGGUGUAAAUCCUGCAUGGCUGACGCUGGGGUUCAUGAGCAGCACUGCCUUUUUGUCUAUGUGGCUCAGCAACACCUCGACGGCUGCCAUGGUAAUGCCCAUUGCGGAGGCUGUAGCGCAGCAGAUCAUCAAUGCAGAAGCAGAGGUCGAGGCCACUCAGAUGACUUACUUCAACGGAUCAACCAACCACGGACUAGAAGUUGAUGAAAGUGUUAAUGGACAUGAAAUAAAUGAGAGGAAAGAGAAAACAAACCCAGUUCCAGGAUACAAUAAUGAUACAGGGAAAAUUUCAAGCAAGGUGGAGUUGGAAAAGAACUCAGGCAUGGGAACCAAAUAUCGAACAAAGAAGGGCCACAUGACAUGUAAACUUAUGUGUUUGUGCAUUGCCUACUCUUCUACCAUUGGUGGACUAACAACAAUCACUGGUACCUCCACCAACUUGAUCUUUGCAGAGUAUUUCAAUACACGCUAUCCUGACUGUCAUUGCCUCAACUUUGGAUCAUGGUUUACGUUUUCCUUCCCGGCUGCUCUUAUCAUUCUACUCUUAUCCUGGAUCUGGCUUCAGUGGCUUUUCCUAGGAUUCAAUUUUAAGGAGAUGUUCAAAUGUGGCAAAACCAAAACAGUCCAACAAAAAGCUUGUGCUGAGGUGAUUAAGCAAGAAUACCAAAAGCUUGGGCCAAUAAGGUAUCAAGAAAUUGUGACCUUGGUCCUCUUCAUUAUAAUGGCUUUGCUAUGGUUUAGUCGAGAUCCUGGAUUUGUUCCUGGUUGGUCUGCACUUUUUUCAGAGUACCCUGGUUUUGCUACAGAUUCAACUGUUGCUUUACUUAUAGGGCUGCUAUUCUUUCUUAUACCAGCUAAGAGAUUGACUAAAACUACACCUACAGGAGAAAUUGUUGCUUUUGAUUACUCUCCACUGAUUACUUGGAAAGAAUUCCAGUCAUUCAUGCCCUGGGAUAUAGCCAUUCUUGUUGGUGGAGGAUUUGCCCUGGCAGAUGGUUGUGAGGAGUCUGGAUUAUCUAAGUGGAUAGGAAAUAAAUUAUCUCCUCUGGGUUCAUUACCAGUAUGGCUAAUAAUUCUGAUAUCUUCUUUGAUGGUCACAUCUUUAACUGAGGUAGCCAGCAAUCCAGCUACCAUUACACUCUUUCUCCCAAUAUUAUCUCCAUUGACUGAAGCCAUUCAUGUGAACCCUCUUUAUAUUCUGAUACCUUCUACUCUGUGUACUUCGUUUGCAUUCCUCCUACCAGUAGCAAAUCCACCCAAUGCUAUUGUCUUUUCAUAUGGUCAUCUGAAAGUCAUUGACAUGGUUAAAGCUGGACUUGGUGUCAACAUUGUUGGUGUUGCUGUGGUUAUGCUUGGCAUAUGUACCUGGAUUGUACCCAUGUUUGACCUCUACACUUACCCUUCGUGGGCUCCUGCUAUGAGUAAUGAGACCAUGCCAUGAUAAGCACAAAAGUUCUGACUAUCUUGUGGUAAUUUCUGGAAGGCAUUAAUAAUUGACUGUAAAAUGUGGCUCUAAAUAACUAAUGACACAUUUAAAUCAGUUAUGGUGUAGCUGCUGCAAUUCUCGUGAAUACCCGAAACCUGCUGUUAUAACUCAGAGUCCAUAUUUGUUAUUGCAGGGCAACUAAAGAGCAUCUAUGUGCCUUCAUCAAGAAGCCCAUGUUUGAGAUUUUGCUCAUGAACCAUCUGCAACUUGCUUCAUCAUAAGAAUAAUUUAUAACUUGACCUUCAAAGAGAUUAGAGUAUUUGUUUCAUCUUACAGUUGGAGUUCAAUGUAACAUUUUAAAUGCAAUUUAUUAUUUCAGAAAUUUCCCAUGAAACUAAAAAUAGAAAAUAAGAUAAACAAGUUAAUUCGGUACUUGGAUAAAUCAUUUCUGCAGUGUUGUUCCAGAGAAUUUGCUAAGAAAUCAAAGCCAUGGUCAUCUGGUGAUGAAGAGAAAAGUUUAAUCUAAAUGAUAUGUGCGUUUCCUCAUUUAAAAAAUCCAAUUGGAUUAUUCUUAAUAUAUACAUGUAAUAUGAAAAUUGAGAUUGAAGCACUAAUUCCAAAAUUAUGGCUGAAUAUACUAAAUAACAGAUAAUUUAUAGAUAAGAAUUUAUUUCUACUGAACUCUAUAGUUAGAGUAAUAUAAUUCAUAUUUUUAUGAUAUUGGCACACUGAGAAAUUCAUUUUGGAGAGCUAUGGAUAAGGCUUGCUAUGAUUUGCACUCACUAUUAGUACAGUAUAGUUAGAAAGGAAAGCUGAACGCUAUAAAAACUAUUAACAUAUUUUCGUAUAUGAGUAACAACUUUGCUUAAGUGUUUAUCUUAGUUCAGAAAUACAUAAUGUCAUAUGUUAAAAAUAAAGAGAUGUAGAAAUCUAAAUGAAUUAUCGCUGUGUAUACGGACAGAAAAAUCACAUAACUCUAGUAUGUAAACAUUACAAUGAAAAAAG